UCCACAUCCUGGUUUUGUCUCUGAUCAGUUGUGUGACGUGGGCGAUUUAUUUCUUUUUCACUGCACAGUACCCAAAACCCUCCUCUGGAGAACGGGAACAAUAAAGGUUCCUACCUCAUAGGGUUCAGUGAAUGAAUUUAUGGAGAGUGCUUCACACAGCGACGGACAGGCACAAAGUAAACACCACAAACUGUGGUACUGGGUAUUAUUAUCAUUAUUCCAACACUUACUAUAUCCAAAGCCAGAAACUUCUGGUUAGAUUAGUCAGUAAGGGAAGGUCACGUGAGUCCAGCACUCGGACGUGAGAGCAUUCGGCUGCCUGUCUGACCGGUGAUUCUGUGCUCUGUGUGCUGUGAAGGGAUCAUGCAAAUCCACAUGGGUCUGGCCACAGUGGCAACCACAGGCAGCCCGACUCUGUGCAUAGCCCCCCUCCCCACCCUGCGUGAUCUUGACCCUAGCUGGGAACACAGAGAACAGAAAGACAGCGCUGCCCUCUUAGAGACGCGGCUCACCAGCAGAGGGCGCAAGCGGCAAACCCAGGAAAAGUCCGGCCGAGAACUUAGAAAAUCUUUUCCUCUGACACAUGGCAAGAAUGUUGAAAUUCAAGAUGCGGUGGCUGGUCUGCAGUGAUGCAGCCAGGAAAUGGCAGAAGCAAGGCCAGAACCCUGGUCUCCUGAUUUACCGCUUAUCUCUUACCUCAGGCAAAAGACCCGGUGGGCAAGUCACCUGGGCUGGGAACCGAACUAUCCACCCAGUCAAGCCAUCAACAACAGUCCUGAGCCAGCGGGACCCCUCCCGCAGGUGACUGACUCCAAGACAAUGAUGGACCAGAUCUUCACUGCCCACUUGUGGGGACCCACCGACCUUCGUCUCUUAGUUCUUGGCGCAGUUGAUGGUGUUUCUGAUCAGUUUCAUAAGCUCUGUGUUCUGUGGCCACCUGGGGAAGCUGGAGCUGGAUGCGGUCACCCUCGGUAUUGCGGUUAUCAAUGUCGCUGGUGUCUCCGUGGGCUUUGGCUUAUCUUCUGCUUGCGACACCCUCAUGUCCCAGACAUACGGGAGCCAGAACCUGAAGCAUGUGGGGGUCAUCUUGCAAAGGGGGAUCCUGGUGCUCCUUCUCUGCUGCUUCCCCUGCUGGGCCCUCUUCCUCAACACUGAGCAAAUCCUGCUGCUCUUCCGGCAGGACCCGGCUGUGUCCAGGCUUACCCAGGACUACGUCAUGACCUUCAUUCCAGCUCUUCCUGCAACCUUUCUUUAUAUGUUACAAGUGAAAUAUUUACUCAACCAGGGAAUCGUACUACCCCAGGUCCUAACCGGAGUAGCAGCCAACCUUGUCAAUGCCCUCCUCAACUAUCUUUUUCUUUAUCAGCUGCAUUUUGGGGUGAUGGGGUCGGCACUGGCAAAUACCAUUUCCCAGUUCACCCUGGCACUCCUCCUUUUCUUCUGCAUCCUUGGGAGGAACCUGCAUCAAGCUACCUGGGGAGGGUGGUCCCGUGAGUGUCUGGAGGACUGGGCCUCCUUUUUCAGCUUGGCCAUCCCCGGGAUGCUCAUGCUGUGCAUGGAGUGGUGGGCCUACGAGAUCGGGAGCUUACUGAGUGGUAUCCUCGGCAUGGUGGAGCUGGGAGCCCAGUCUGUCCUGUACGAACUGACCGUCAUUUUGUACAUGAUACCUUCAGGCUUCAGUGUGGCUGCCAGUGUCCGGGUGGGGAACGCGCUGGGCGCAGGAAACAUCCAGCAGGCCAAGAAGUCAUCAGCUGUCGCCCUGCUAUUCACAGGACUCUUUGCUGUAACCUUCUGUGUCCUGAUGUUAAGCUGUAAGGAUCUCGUGGGGUAUAUUUUCACUACCGAACGAGAAAUCAUUGCUCUAGUGGCUAAGGUGAUUCCGAUCUCUGCUGUUUCUCAUCUGUUUGAAGCUCUGGCUUGCACAGGUGGAGGCAUUCUGCGGGGGAGCGGUAACCAGAAGGCUGGGGCCAUUGUCAACACCAUUGGGUAUUAUGUGAUUGGUCUCCCCAUCGGGAUUUCGCUGAUGUUUGCAGCCAGAAUGGGAGUGGUUGGUCUGUGGCUGGGGAUCAUCAUUUGUUCCAUCACACAAUCUCUGUGUUUUCUCGGCUUUAUUGCUUGGCUAAAUUGGAAAAAAGCUUGUGAAGAGGCUCAGAUCCAUGCCAAUCUGAGACUAAACACGGUCCAGGAUGAGCCUGCAGCUGCCUGCCAGGACCCAGGGGGGCCCGGGAGCCAUAGAGGAAUUUCAGUGAGAGAUGUAAGGAGAAAACACAAGACCCGAUUGGACCAGCACGGGCGCCAAGAAGAUGUUCAGGCCCAGCCAAGGGACACGACUCACCUGACUGGGAAACAUUUGAUUCUGUGGCGGGGGCUUCUGCUCCUGGGGGUCAUUUUGGUCUUGAUCGUAGGGAUUUUAGUGAGAGCGUAUGUCAGAGUUGAGUGAUAGGCAAAAGAGAGAGAGAGAGAGUCAGGACAAGUGAUACUUCUGAGCUGACAAAUAAUUUAUAGGCCCCACGGUGGGAAUUUGUUUUCAGUUAAGUUAGUUUCAACUGGGCUCGUGGGUUUGGAGAAUUACGAGUUCCAAGUUACGUUUUCUCAUAAAGAAAAGGAAAUAAGGUACAAAUUAUGUUCCUGUCCAAGACAAUGUCGGAAAGUUCAGAGUGACGAUGACUCAGUUCAUGUGCCAUUGUCUUAACCAAGGACCACUGUGUACUGACUGCAUUCAGGUACGGCUUUGGUGGUUACUUGUUAUGCUGAAUGUUUCUUUAGUUAAAACCCCUGUACUGAGUGCUUCAGGUUUCCUACUGUCUUGAGUUAUUUAAAAUAUAUUUUGCACUAUAUCUUUCCUCGUGCCUUCAGUGAUUAUGCAACGGGCCAAUGGCAUUCGUUAAUAUCUAGAUCACAGGAGCUGUGAGCAGUGGCGUCGCUUGAGAAACCGGAAGGGGAGAAGACGUAGAUUAAGCAGAAAGGAGUCAGAGGGCAUUGAUGAGCAAGCUUCCUGUCUUAAAAUCUGUUUUAAUUUUGAAUUUGUUUUAAAUUUGUUAAACUUGUUAAAAUUUGUUUAAAAUUUGAAUACAGGGUUUGAAGAGCUCAUUCAGGCAAAGGAAGAAGUCAGACGGUUUCUCAUGUUGAUAGAAGGGGGUGGGGGGGAUUGUUAAAUUGGAAGGUAGAAGAAAUGAAGAGGGGGGUCUAGGAGAGGGGAGGCUGGGUCUUGGGCGGGCCCUUUUCAUCUUCUGUUUGGGUCUUUGUCUUUAAGAAGGUGCCCCAGCUGGGCACCAGGGUGGCUCAGUUGGUUAAGCAUCUGCCUUUGGCUCAGGUCAUGAUCCCAGGGUCUUGGGAGCAAACCCUACAUCCACAUCGCGCUAAGCAGG